UCUUCGCUAUUUAUCGUGGCCUUUCUGAUUUUCGUCCUGACUCGCUCUUCACGCAGACGCUGCCGUGUGUGUGUGGCUGCUGAAGCCUUUCAGGUCACAUUCCUCUUCGCUGCGCUUGUGUCACGUGCGCGUACGCGCCACAGUCGGUCGGAUCGAGGAACCCCAAUUUCUUGACUCCGGAGCGUCUUCGUGCGGCCCGCCGCUAUUGCCUUUUCUAUUUUUUUUUCUUUCUUUCAGCCAAGAGAAGAAGCAAACCGGUUUCAGAAGCGGUGUGCCCCUCCAACCGAAACCUCUGCGACCAGCGCUGGUGCGGCACACCGAAGAAGGAGCGUGUGCCGAAGCGCGGCAGCGGGAAAGAGGUGACAGCAGCGGUCCAGCCGGGGCGAGAGCUACUGCAGCAGAAGACGGCACGUCAGUCGCGGCCGUCCUAAAACGCUUGUUUGCGCUGCCAUUCAGCGUUUAUUCGCUCCUUUUUCCUCUCUUUUGUUCGCCGUGCCAGAGCGACGCGUGCCGCCUGACUCGAUCCGAGGGGCCGGACCUGCGACGUCCUUGGAGAAGAGACCAUGUCCCCUCACGUGCACAGUCGGAGUCGCGAGAACUUCGCGCUCUACCUGUACGCGGGCGUUCCGCUCACGCUUUUCGUGAUGUGCCUGAUACUGCGCCGUCAACGCAAGGAGGCCCAGAGACGCUUCUUUGCCUGGAUCUACUCCAAGUACUACGCCGAGCACAACGCGGCCAUCCUGGCACCUUUCAAGCGAAAACUGUUCUCCGACAUGGCAGAGAUCGAGUCCGACGACCCGACCCUGCGGGCGCGCGGCGCCAUCCGCAUCGUCGAGAUCGGCGUCGGCACGGGAACCAACUUGGCCUACUAUCCGACGGGCAGCAAAGUGAUCUCGGUGGAACCCAAUCCGUACUUCGAGAACAUCUUCAGGGAGAACCGCCGCGCCUUCCCCAACGUGGAGAUCGAGCGGUUCGUGCUGGGUAGCGCCGAGGAUAUGUCUUCGAUACCGUCCGACAGCGUGGAUUGCGUCGUGUCCACGCUGGUGCUUUGCUCCGUCCAGGACAUGGCACCGGUGAUACGAGAGAUAAAGAGGAUCCUUGUCAGGGGUGGCUGCUUCUACUACGUGGAACACAUAGGCUACAAGGAAGGCACGUGGUCACGCCGCCUGCAGCAGCUUGUACAGCCAUUGUGGUCACUGGUCAGUGAUGGAUGCCAGUUGACGCGCGACGUGCCACAGUACGUAGAGUUUCUCGGCUUCCGAGAGAUGUUCGAGACAAUCCACUACCCACAGGAGAUGCCCUUCCUGGUACGGCCCACGCUCGUCGGCAAGGCUGUCAAAUAGACAGCAUGGUGGUGCACCGCAUUGUUGCGAGAGUGGCCAUGCAUCUGUCACGUCAGGCCACAGAAAUUUUGUUUACAGCAUGUUGCCUCUGCUGGCAAAUAGGGCAACACUGAAUCCUAUUGCCGUGCUAUGCAUUGCUGAACUGUGUGGCCAAUACUGUGUCUGCAAUGCGAUUCCUGCUUGUCAUUGUGUACCGCAUCAAUUACCUAUUGUAAACUAUGCGAGUUGAGUGUAAUACAAGACUUUACUUUGUUGACAAGACCACUUCCAUUGAAGAAACAAGUAACUGAUGAUUGGUGUCACUGGUAUAGUGGACUGGGGUGUGUAUUUCAAGCUUACAAAUGGCUGCGUUUUCUUCCUAUUACGUUGCCACCCAACAUGGGAACACAUAAUCUCCAAGCAAAAAACAAGAAACUUCUAGAAAUACUAUGAGUCAUGUUUAGUAUUCAUUACUUCAGCAGUGGUCAUGUUGUGGAUGACCUGCAAAGGUAGAGCACUGACAGCAUGGUCUGCUUCUUAUGGUCACUGUUUUUCAGAAUAUGUGAGGCUGGUAAUAUUAUGCUGCGCUGCCAGAGGUAUACUACAACGGAUACAGUGUAGCUGAACUGGUUGCAUAUGAAGACUAAACUGCACUCUUCGCAAUUACAGAGAUGAAUGUACACUGCAGCACAAUAUUAAAAUGUGCUUCCUGCCUCUGCAAGUUAUCAAAAACAAUACCACCUUCACUAAGGUAUCUUAACAAACGCCAUACUACGUCCAGCUUAGUUACAACUAUACAGCAGUGUUGCUUCGAUUUGCAAAAGCAUAUAUCAGUUACAGUUUACUAGGUGAAAAUGCAAUAUGGACAAUGAGUGGACUGCAUGCGAAGUAAUAUGCAUCAUUUUGUUAUGAGUGUUCAGCAUGUGUUGUCUAAGUGUCUGUUCUGAAGUAGUUUGUCAAUCUCUCUAUGCACAAACAUGCAUUCAUCACGACUACCAAAGACAAACUACAUGCGAGUAGCUAUGGACACUCUAUUGUGUGUUCUCAUCUCAGAGGUAAUUCUUACUAUUUAUCUGAAACUGUUUUAUAAUAUAUAAACGUUUUUGUCAUUUUCUGUUGAUUCAUUUCUCAUUUUAUAUUUACAAUUUAUGUGGAGAACUGAGGUGCACGAAGAUGAUAGCUGUGUUUCUGUCUACUAGCUUGAGGACCUGGGUUUGAUUUCCAGGUGCUGCAGCUGCAUUUCUAUUGGGGCAAAAUGCUAAAACACAGUGCACAUAGAUUUAGGUGCUCGUUAAAGAUACCAAUGUGGACGAAAUUAAUCUGGCAUAAACCGCUAUGCACGCCUCAUAAUUUUAUUGUGGUUUUGGCACAUACAGUGGGUACACGACUGUUACUAGCUAACAGCAUUUGUAAACCGUUGUUUGAAAAUUUGAGUUGUCCUUGGAACAUCUUUCGUAAAUGGCUAUUUCUUGUAAGUGCCAACAAACAAUACCACGCAAUGCAAGUGCCUACGGGUACUGAAUUGUAGUGCACUUAAAGAAAUUGCCGUAAUUUGUAUUAACUUGGCUGGGAGAACUUGUCAAAUGAAAAAGCUGAAGUGAAGGAAAUGACCAGAUGUAACAAAGAUGUGUUUACUUUCCAAAGCAAGUAAACAAAACAGAGUGUUUUGGGACUUGGAUGGCCUUGCAAGCUCAUCGGAAACAACAGCGGACUGUGUGCAUAAAGUGCAUAGAACAUAAUACCAUGUUCCUAUAUUUGUCCAUAGUAAUAAACUUGUGCUUCAAGUUAUGUUGUUACAAAGGAGCACUGCAAUACAACCAAACAAAUGCUGCAAUAAAAAGACGCUUCGUAAUAA